UUCAACCUAAAAAUUACGGAACUUCAAAUGUUAAGAUUGGAAAAGAUUUCGAAAAUGCAAUUAGUAAAGUUUUAGGAAAGAAAGGGAUUCCAUGUAUUGUUGUUGGUGGUAGUGGAGAUUAUGGUAUUGAUAUUAUUGCAUUUUAUAAGAAAAAGGUUAUUUUAAUCCAAUGCAAAAGUCAAGAAUCUUCAUUAGGUAUAAAUGUUAUUACCACAAUGAAUUCUGCUAUUAAUAUGGCUGAUGGUUCUUUUGGCAUUAUUGUUUAUGAUAGUAACAAAAUAGUUCAUCAUGAUAGUUCUUUAACAUCACAAGCAAAGUUAACAUCACUUGAUACGGAACUAAUAGAAAUAUUACUUGUAAUUAACAUUGUAUCAUUAUUAACCC